UCCUGAAUGUGUUAUAUGUUUCCUGCAGAUUUGGUUCCCCCUGAGCAGCAGCAGUGUAGCUCCAGUGUGGACCCGGAGGAGCCAGAGGCCCCCCCACACAUUAAAGAGGAGCAGGAGGAACUGUGGAGCAGUCAGGAGGGAGAGCAGCUUCAAGGGCUGGAGGAGGCUGAUAUCACCAAGUUCCCAUUCACUCCUGUCCCUGUGAAGAGUGAAGAUGAUGAAGAGGAAGCUCAGUCCUCACAGCUUCAUCAAAGACCAACUCAACACAUGGAAACAGAAGCUGAUGGAGAAGACUGUGGAGGACCAGAACCAGACAGGAGCUCACGUCCACUUUUACAACCAGACACUGAAGACCAGAUUGGAGACUCUUCAGAACCUGAGACUGAUUACAGUGCUGAUUGGAAGGAGACCAGAGAACCUCAGACAGCUUUAAACUCUCUGACACAUGAUUCAAGAUGUAAGAAAACAUUCAGCUGUUCUGAGUGUGGGAAAAGAUGUGGCGAAAGGGGACAUCUGAAGAGACACAUGAGAACUCACACAGGAGAGAAACCUUUUAGCUGCUCAGUUUGUAAUAAAUCUUUUACACAUAGUGGAAGUUUACAGAAACACAAUAUAAUCCACACAGGAGAGAAACCUUUUAGCUGCUCAGUCUGUAAGAAAUCGUUUACACGCAGGGGAAUUUUACAGAAACACAUGAGAACUCACACAGGAGAGAAACCUUUCAGCUGCUCUGAGUGUGCUAAAGCUUUCUCUGAAAGUGGAUCCCUGAAGAAACACAUGAUGACUCACACAGGAGAAAAACCUUUCAGCUGCUUAGUUUGUAAGAGAUCGUUUACACAGAGAGGAAAUUUACGGUCACACAUGGCCAUAAUCCACACAGGAGAGAAAAGAUUCAGCUGCAGCAUUUGUAACAAAGGAUUUGCCAGGUGUUCUCGUGUCAAAACACAUACAUGUGUUGGUCCGAUGGAACCAGAACCUGAUGGAGAGGACUGUGGAGGACCAGAACCAGCCAGGAACUCACAGCCACUUUUACAACCAGAGAAUGGAGACCAGACUGGAGACUCUUCAGAACCUGGAGCUGAUGACAUUGAAUAAUGUUUGGGCCUUUUAGUUUAAGCAGAACGUCUGAAAAAUCAAACAAAUAUCUUUAUGUAUCAUCAUCUUGGUAGAAAACAGUAUAUUGUGUGAAAGGGAAAAA